UCUUGCGGCGGUUGACUGGAGUGUGGAAUUCAUUUUUGUGCAACUUUGUGCUGAAUAAAAUAAUAGUUUCUUGUGAAAAAGGCUGAUUUGUUUGUGCACCAUGUCUAGUGCCGAUUAUUAUGGCUUCGAGUCAAUUUACAAGUUGGUGGAGGCCGCUGUUCAGGCCAAAUCGGACGUUUUGAUUGCGAUCAUCCAUUGGUAUUUGACGAAGAAUGCAUUUCGCAACGUUGGAAUCGGCGACGACAAAACACUAUCCGAUUCCGAGGAACAAAGCGAAUUGCUUCCGGAUGGUUGGAACAGCAACCCAAAAUCUUAUGCUCUGCGAUAUGUGAACGAUGGCCAGUUGUAUCUUCUGCACGGAGUGGACACCGGAGGCCUCAUGGUUGUCAAUCUGGUCCAAGUCAAAUCGCUAAGUGCGUCCAAUGUGACCUUCCAAAUCGACGAUACCGUGAAAUCGCUGAAAGGAUCCAUCACCAAGUUGAUUCCGGAGGUGGCCACCGUACUGGAUCGGGUUCGCAAAGAGCUGCUGGUUCCCGUGUUUGAAAGUAACAAGAAAGACGGCGAAACCCAGACCAAGAAGGAACCGGAAAAGGUCGAACGAGUCGACGUACGUCCGGCGAAUCCACUUCUCAUCGGCGGAGGCGUUCCGGUGGGUCGUUUCGGGUCGGACCCUUUGGGCGUGGGAAACGUCGGACGCGGCGAUCUCGAUCCUUUUGGACGUGGCGGUGGGAUGCUGUUUCAGCCCCCGGGCGGCUUCAAUCCGUUGGCCGACCUAAGAAGACCAGGUGGCAGUGGCAUCGUACCAGGAGCACGGUUCGAUCCGUUCGGACCCGCGGUCGGUCAAAAUCCACGGCCAUUCCGCCAGCCGGGCCCUGAUCCGGACCAUCUGCCACCGCCAGGAUACGAUGAUAUGUUCAUGUAGACAGAGAGGAUGUUUUCGAAGCGUGAGACAUACUUUCUUUGGAAGAAGGGAUUUGUGAUUGGAAGUCCUAGAAAUUUCUUUCGCUAUUUUUAAUUUUGAAAAGCUUUGUGAAAUUGAAUUUAUGAAAAGCAAAUAAAACAUUGUAUUUCGAAAUAAAAUGAAGUUCAAACAUU